AUGUUGACGCGUGUUUGUCCUGCGCUCCACUCGGGACCAGCCCGGGGAUGCCAUAUCGGGCUACCGACGUUUGUUUUCGGGCGCGCCGUCCUAGAUUGGGCAGAGAUAGAACGCGCCCGUCGCGCCCGCCACCCCGGCCAUCACCCCACUGGCACAGAAGCGCACGCCGCUAUCUCUGCCGUCACGGACCUUGGCAACGCCCUGCCGCCCGCUCCCACGCUCCUUUGCGUGUCCGCCGCCCCCGCCGUCGGCGCCGUCCAUGCUCUCGUCGCCGACGUUGUCUCUGCGACCCCUCUGGAGCAUGCGUGGCUCUGCUCGCCAUGGACGGCAUCACUGCCCGCCCCACUCGCCUCAUUCUCACCGCCAGCCAUCUCGCACUACCCAGAAGCCUCGACAUGUGAACACAUCCUCGAUCGCCCCAGCGCGCCCCCCACGAUCAUGCGGCCAGCGGCUCUCGCACUCGCACAAACCAGGCCGACACCGUUGGCUCUAUUCGCACACCCCAGCUUCACAGACGGGAACGCGUCCCCUCCCGAGCGCGCAGCUCAGUGAUCUUCCUCCGACCACAGUAUCCCUGCGCGUUUACCGUGCGUCCCGGGUUUCAGCUCCGUCAAACCCUGUGCCUCCGCGCCCAAUCCUGCUCACCGCCGCGGCGUCCCCACUCAAUAGCCCUCGAUCGUCUCCUCUGAAUGCGCACAGUCCAUGGGUCACGCCCCACGGUCCUUGCGCUGCUCCGCACCUCCUGUCAGGGUCUCUUGCCAUUACCGAGGGACGUCCACGGGCUGAAUCAAUAAGCCUACAUAAGCUCUCCGCUGCUCCGUUACCCCGCAGAGCCGGCCAGUCUCACGUCUCACGCAGGGGCCUGCUUCCGAGAGCACCGCAAUGCAAUAAGCUUUCGACGAUCAGGACAACCUACGCCUUCUCGAUCGACCACAAAGCGCAGGGAUCGUCCCGACCCCAGUCGGUGCGAAUGUAUGCGCCUCAAGUCAGCCCGGACUGCGCGGCUCCGCGCUGGGCGCGGAGAUGUCCAGCUUUUUAUGCUCAAGCUCAGAGUCCACGGGCAUCAUGCGCAAGCGCGUCCGUGUUUUGGCCGUUCGGUACGUUACACGCAUGCGGCAUCAAUGAGA